GCCUUUUAAAACCUUAAAACCCUCGAUACAAAGAAUUAAGCUUUUUUCUAAAACCCUAGAAAACCCUCUUGUUUUCUCAGCUCAGUUCGCAUGGCUUUCGCUUCGGUUUUCCGUAAAUCAGCUAACUCGUUGGCUCCACUCGCGAUUCGACUCACCCGAGUCCAGAGGAACUACCACUCCUCCAUCUUCAGGGCUUUGAACCAUGGGUUACAAUCUCAGAAACCGGCCGUUAACCGUUUUUACCCAAAUAGCUUCCAUUUCUCUACCGCCGUUGCUUCCAAGAAACCCUCUUCUGAUGAGUCUCUUGUCCGAGUUCUUGAGUCCGAGAUUCAAUUUGCUGAGGGUGAUAACUCUGAGCAGGUUGUAGGAACUCCUAGUGGAUUCCCUUUUGAAGUCGAAGAUAACCCUGGGACUCAAACUGUAACAUUGAAAAGAGAAUAUAAUGGUGAGCUCAUAAAAGUUGAUGUUCACAUGCUUGAUCUUAACGAAGACGAGCAAGAUGAAGAUGAAGUUGAAGACAAGGAUGGGGAUAAUACCAAUGCUAGAAUCCCGUUCGUUGUCACCGUUUCGAAGAAAGAUGGUCCGAGUUUGGAGUUCAGUUGCACUGCUUUUCACGAUGGGAUUGGAAUCGACAGUUUGAGUUUUAGAAAUCCCAACCCUGAGGAUGAUGAACUUGCUUAUGAAGGCCCUGAUUUCAAUGAUUUGGAUGAGAAUUUGCAAAAGGGUUUUUACAAAUACUUGGAGGUUAGAGGAAUCAAGCCAAGUACAACAAAUUACUUGCGUGAGUACAUGGCCGAUAAGGAUAACAGAGAGUAUCUUUUAUGGUUGAAAAAUCUCAAGAAAUUUGUUGAAGAAUGAAGGGUUUAUAAUAGUUUCUUAUAUUAUUGUUUAUGAAGAGAAACUAGGAUUAUGAACUGAAAUAACACAAUAUGCAGAUUGUUUUAUAUUAUGGCUCAGAGAUUUUGCUUUGAGUGGGAACAUUGUUUACCUUUUGAAUAAGAAAAAAAGCCAUUUUUGUGGAA